GUCCUAGAAAAACAUCUGUUCUUUUGUGCUUUGGGAAAAUGAGGCCCAUUUUCUGUGGUAACUUUGAGUAUGAUGCACGCCAAUCGGAUCUUGAGCGACUGUUUGGCAAAUAUGGGAAGGUCGAGAGGGUGGAUAUGAAGUCUGGUUAGUUGAUCUACCAUUUACAUCUCUCUCCCUUUCUGAAGGCCAUUGUUCUCCAGAAGCUAUUAUUUUGCAUUGUAUUGCUGUUUGAGAUUCGUUUAUUUAUUUAUUGGUCAUUCUUUGUUGCCCCUCCCCUGCCUCCUUCCUUCUCUUGUCGUGGUUUUGAUGUUGAAAUUAUUUUGUUACUUUUGUAACAACUAAAGAAAUAUCAAUGAGCAUAGUUGAAUCCCUUUGUAAUACAUGUACUUAGACCUUUGAGGUAUGAUACUUGGAUACCAUGUGGAUUUGGCAUUGAUACAGCAGAGAGAUACACUUACGCUAGAAAUACUGGACAUGGAUAUGCAAGUGAUGAUCAUUUUGAAGAACUGUGGUAUCAUAUGCACUCAUGCUUAUAGUGAAUUGAUUUAUUUGGUCUUUAGUGGUAGUGUUCAUGCGUUAGUUGAAUUGCAACCAAAACUGCCUAUAAUACAUGCAUUUGACAUGCAAAUUGAGGGAAAGCCAUUUCAUGUACUACCAUAAUUUUAUAUUCCAAUUCUACGUGGCGGUGGGUCCUACAGCAACAAAGUGAUUCUGCGGUGGAUAAACUGUGCAUUGAUUCUUCAGUUACAAGGGUGCAACAUUGUCUGGACUUUACACACGGCAACGGCAAUCCUCUUUUCGAGAUCUAGUGGGGGUUCAGGAUAUAUUUAAGAAAAGCAAGUCUGUUUUUUGAAGUGUAGGCCCCCAUACUCAGCAAUUUCUUUGGCGCAGGAUUAUCUUCGAACAUCCAUGCUCUUCCUGGAUGAUGGAUGGGCUCUUCUGCAUUUUCUUUCCUGCCCGUGCCCGAGCUUCAUCUUAUUGUGUUUUUCAGAACUGCUGACCUGAUCUGCAAUGGCACAACCACUCUACAUUUCCCCGAGACACCAUUGCCUUUCAUCCCUCAUGACCUUGGCCCAGUCUUCAAUUUCAGAAAUGUCUCAAGGUAUAACCCUUGCCGAACUCGAGGUCAGAAGCAGCAGAAUGGAUGGAGAUGGCACUCUCUGUUCGGUGACCUACCAUGAGAACACCCACUUUUGGAUUCUUGUUCAUUGACAUCAUUUAAUUCACCACACAAGGGUUUGCUUUCAUCUAUAUGGAUGAUGAACGAGAUGCUGAGGAUGCUAUUCGAGGACUUGACCGGUCAGAAUUUGGCAGACAGGGGCGCCGCCUUCGUGUUGAGUGGACAAAGCAUGAGCGUGGUAUUAGAAGGCCAGGUGGUUCAAGAAGACCUGCAGCCAAUUUGAGGCCAACAAAGACCUUAUUUGUUAUAAAUUUUGAUCCAAUACGCACUAGGACAAGAGAUCUAGAGAGACACUUUGAUCCAUAUGGAAAAAUAUUGAAUAUAAGGAUCAGAAGAAACUUUGCAUUUAUUCAGUUUGAAUCACAGGAUGAUGCUACCAAAGCAUUGGAUGCCACAAACAUGAGCAAAUUGAUGGAUCGGGUUAUUUCGGUAGAAUACGCAGUCCGAGAUGAUGACGAAAGAAGAAAUGGCUACAGCCCUGAUCGUAGAGGUCGUGAUAGGUCUCCUACUAGGAGCCGAGAUCGGGGGCGAUCACCGAGUCCUUAUCGAAAAGAAAGGGGUAGCCCUGAUUAUGGCCGUGGCCCCAGCCCAUAUGCCAGGCCUGAACCAAGGGGCAGUCCUGAUUAUGGUCGAGCAGAGAGCCCAGCGUAUGAGAGAUACCGCAGUCGGUCGCCCCCAGCAGAGGAGAGAUCGUGAUCUCAAGAAGCAAUGCAGUAGAGUGGCUACAAGGAUUUUGUGGGAUAUUGUUUUCUUUACGCAUCUUCUGAUAGGGAACUGUACCGAUGAACUUAGCAUUUUCAUUUUUAUUCUGACUAUUGUUGUAGGAGUGAACUGUGAAAUAUACAUCUUAAACUGCUGAAAUAGGUGCUAGGCUGAAGGAAUACUUUUUUCUAUUUUUGGCAAGAAGACUGCAGAUUAUGUUGCUCUUUUUCUUGUGUGGUUAAUUUAUGCCUUUGUGAA